GCUGUUAGUAAUUUAUUUGGUUUCGAGUGAUCAUGUUUUUAGUGGUGGCAGUUUCUUUGCUGCUGGCUGCUGUUGUGUUGAUCUCCUUGGUACUGCUUGGAAGACAUCAUUCUGCAGAUCCAGUGAGGAAGAUGCCUGGCCCAAAGACAAACCUUUUGUUUGGCAAUGUUUUGCAGCUGCCAAGACUACCGAAUGGUGAGUGAGACGAGCUAAUGACUCAUGAAGCAAAGCCAAUUAUUUUCUUGCCAUAUUUUUCCAUCCUCUGUGACCUAGCGGCCACAGACAUACGAAAAGAUGAAGUCUAUUUGUAAGGUUUGAAUUUUCUAAAUAGAAAGGUAAAAUAAAGACAGACUUCAAGCUCGCCUUGCAGCGCUCGACACAAGUCAAGUUACUUUCAUUUGCUAAUAGUUACUUUCUCAGUGGACUAGAAAUUACCAUUUUUUGCUUGCGAAAAGCCCAUUUAUAAUUUUCUUCAUCAAUCUUACUUUUGAUUACUGUUUUUAAAGCGUAAUGCGGAGUCUGUAUAUAAAAAUUUUGAAAUUUUUGGAAAUUAAUGCCUCAAGUAAUUGUUAGACUCAGGCCCGGGUCGCACUAGGGGAGAUUUUGUCAAUUAUCCGUUAAAGAAGGAUCAUUAUCUGUCAUCACAACACGUUUCCUUAUGCGAGUGGUGUUCCACAAAUUUCUAAAAUUUUGGAAGUUCUGCAGAAACUUCAGAGAUACUGAAGUGUAUGGUGGAGCAGACAGAUUUUGAAAAAAUAAAAAUAAAAACAAAAGACACAACUUCCGGAGCUGUCAAGGCCAUUCAUUUGAACUAGAUAUGACCUGCAGUUAAAUUGUUGAUGUUUUCCUUUUUCUAUGUACCGUUUUCCUCUUUACCAUGCACCAGGAUCAUUCCCAAUGCAAAAUGUUCCUUAUUUUCACCCUACACUGGCUGAACCGAUCAAGCAGGACCCAGGGGAAUUUUGUUUAAUUGAUCCAAUAGUUCAGCAAGUGUGGUUUGCGACAGCAAUAGCCUGACCAACUCUAGGUCAGCUGAAGGUUGGCGAGAAAAAGAUGAUCAAUAGCUGAGCUGAAGAGCAGAAAACACAACAUAAUAAAUGGCCACAAGAAGAAUGAAGGGCUGUAGUAAGCCUAUGGGUCGGGUUGUUGUAAUGAAUAUCAAACCAUGAUUGGGCUGGGCAAGGAAUGAUCCACACAGAUUCUAUGUAAAUGCCACCAUCUUCUUAGAAAAGCAACAUCCAGGAUUUACAUGUAUUCAUUUACCCAUCUCUAAUACAGGGUGAAAAAGGCAAACAUUUGUUACUGUUGCAUGUUGAUAAUUUAUAGACUGAAGCAGAAUGGCAAAAGCAAAGUAAAAGGCCUGAUCUGGGUUCAUGUUUAUCAAUGCCCAAUACCUACCAAAAAUGAAAUCUGAUCAACUGUGUUUAUUUUGACCUAUCUAUGUAUUUCAGCAGUGCAACCCAAAAAUGGUGUCACAUUUUUCAGCACUUCCGCUUUUGGUUUCAACUUUUCGAAAAUUUUUUGGCUGCAUAAUUUUUAGUUUGGGCUGUAGUGCAACAUGGGCCUUAGCAAAGACAUUCAACUUAUGCACAUCAGGCGUGAUCUGUUAGUACAGGUCAUCACUUGAGUUGCUUACAAUAUGGAAUAAAUAAAGUAAUACAAAUAAUCUUUUUCUUGAAGUAAUAAAAUUACUCAAGCCCUUUGGGCUAAGGAAAUUACUAUUUAAGAAACGAAUUGCAAGUGCUUAUUAAUUCUUAAUUUCAUGAAUAAAGUGAUGAUUACCUUAUUGAAUGAUAUCUAUGAGAAAAAAUUUUGGACAGCUUUUCAUAUUGAUGCACAAGAAAAUGAAGUGUGCAGAUCACCUGCAGAAAGUGUGAUUUGACUAUAGAUGUGUUUUCUUACUGUAACUCCUUAAUUUAUCAAUUUUUGUUUUAAUUGAUAGAUCUUGUGACGCAGAUAUUACAGUGGGUGUACGAGUAUCAUAAUGGGAUGUUUUGUCUGUGGCUUGGGCCAACAUACCCUUUUAUCUUCUUGUACAAACCUGAACUGGUGGAGGUUAGUGAGUUUUGAUAUGUUUUAUUUCUUGUUACAUACUCAUGUAAAAGAAAGGAAAUAAUUAAAACCACACAAAACAAAAAUGCAGAAAACAAUGUUUAUGCAAUAUUAUGUACAUGUAGAAUUAUGGCUUUUUUUUUUGUUUUUUUUUGAAAGGGUUAUGUGACUUUUUUUGCAAAAAAAAAAAACUGAAGAGAAAGAGGCAAGUUUUUUUGAGAAGGAAAUAACAGAGUGUAAAUGAUUAAUGCUAUGCACACAUUUUUCUCACUCUCGCUAAAGCCCAUAACUGGAAUACUGCCUUUAAGAUAAAAUGGUAGAGCUACAGGACAGGUGUAGCUCUAUGAUCACCAAAAACACAGAUUGACUAGUUAGUGAUUUCUGCCAUGCAACCAAGGAGGUUGCAGCCUUAACACCAUUGAUCUGAAGGAUAAUUAGGCCAUGUUUUUGUGCCAAAAAUUUUUCACCAGGUACUUUUUUCUUGUUUAUCUGUUGAUUCUUAGAGGAAAAUGUUUUGGGUUCAGAAAGACACGAGAAACAUGCCAUACUUUGUGAUCUGAGUAGUUUUUAAUAAUUCAGGUGAUAUUAUCCUUGUACAUGUCGUAUCCCAACUGCAGCUUGAAAAAAUUUGUCUCAGAAAUAAAGGGUGGUCAAAUAGUGGUGGCUCCCCAGGAUUUACUGUGUGUGAUUGAUUAAUGUUCUGCAAAAUCUCUUUUGCGCUGAUAAUAAGCUAGCGCUCGAAACAUCAGCCUUUGAAACUCAACUCAGUUGAUAAAACCAAGUUACUUGAUCUUAAUUGCUUUUUUUAAUUUAUUUGGUUUUGUUUUUAUAUUUACAGUACUGCCUUACUUUCUAGGUUGUUUUGCAUAGUUCCAAACAUAUCAGCAAGUCUGCAGAUUAUGACUUUUUACAUCCUUGGUUAGGAACAGGUCAGUUUAAACAAUUUAAAUUUCAGAUUACAUUUUACAUCACUGAUUUGGUUGAACAUAAUAUAUUUCUCAGUUGGGUACUCUGUCAAAGCUGGCCUCACUUUAAACCUCUUGUCUUGGUCAGUUUGGUCACAAAUUGCCUCAAAGGCUCAUUCUUUGCAUAUAGGCUUCAUGAACUAAUUUAGAAGCAUGUGGAAAUACUUCAUGAAAGGGAUUGUAUAUUUUUUCAUAUGUUUUCCUAAUACUUAGCUUUUCACUUGACUUUCACAUGCAUAUCGGAAAUUCAUCAGUGAGACAAGUGUGAAAAGUUUCUGAUGACUACACCAAGAUUCUACCAUGAUGAUGAUUAAAAGUGCAGGAGCACUCCUAGAUACACAUCUUCUUGACCAUGGUCAUGUUACAGUCCAGAGCCACUUUCUAGUUCUUGCAUUUUAUACUCUGAAAGUCUAGACAUAAAAUAAACAGGAAGUGCUGCGAUCUUUGUCUUUGUCCUUGUCUUGGCAGAUGUUUAUCAGUGUUAUCUCAUUUUCUCUUCUUUUCUUUUACAUAAAUGUUGUGAUUUAUUAUGGAUCAUUGAUGUUGUAUUUACCAAGGCCUGCUGACCAGGUAGGGUACAUUUUACACACCAACUUACUAUGAAGUGGUAGAAGAGUUUAAAUGAUAGCCAUAUUCAGAAGCCUGGGCAGGGUUGUUUUACUUUAAACUACAUGAUGUUAGCCCUUUACCUCCCAUAAAUGACUUAGAGAGAAUUUCUCCUUACAAUAUCAAUACAAUAUCAAGCAUAGAAGAGAUGAGAAUAAAGUAAAAUAUCAAUUAGGGGAUUAUUAGUCGAUCCAAUACCAAAUUCUCCAAAUUGAAAUCAGAAUCGUACAGCAGAUAGUAAGGAGAAGUACUAAUCAUAUCUUGGGAGUUAAAGAGUUAAUUACAACAUCUAUGUAAAUGUACAUGUCAUGCAUGGUCCUUGAGGAAUUUUGAUUUAAUUUGAUUUUAAGCUUCAAAGACAGUUAUCCUCUGUACCAUUAAAUUUCUAUAAACCCCAAAACAUGUUUUCCGCUUAAAAACAAAACAACAGCAAAAAGUUUCAAUAAAACCCAGCGUAAUUGCUUGCUACCCUUUGAAAAUUGAAUGGAUAAGUCCCCUCUUGUCAUUCCAUUGAUGAAAAGGAGAAAGGGAAAGAAUAUUUUACAUUUAUUUAAUUCCUUUCAUUUAAUAAAUGAAAUAUCCUGCAUGUGCUUGCACCUGUUAUUAUCUUUCAGUGAUGGAUCAAAAUGGAAGACAAGACGAAGGUUGAUCACUCCAACAUUUCACUUCAGCAUUUUGAAUACCUUCUUACAAGUUUUUGAAGAACAAUCAAAAAUACUGGUCUCAAACCUUGAGGUAACAGUUUGAAAAAGUCCAUAUUACACUGCAUACUGUAGAUAGUUGACAAGUUUUCAAACAUGCAAGCAUACACAAUGCAGUUAAUGCUAAUUAAAUGAGAAUAAAACACAAUAAUCAUAGUGCUUUAUAUAAUGACACAUAAAAAUAUCCUCUCAGAAGAUGCGAGGGAAGUAAAAAAGACAAAAUGAUUGAUUGAGAUAUGUUGUUUCUUUCUUAUAAAACUGUGUAGAAAAAUGUCAAGACAGGAACUUUCAACAUAAUGCCAUACAUUACUCUGUGUGCUCUGGAUAUUAUAUGCAGUAAGUACUCUGCACUAUUCAGUCACAAUGUGAUGAUGUUCAUGAUUUUUCUUGCAUUUGAUUAUAUUCCUUCUUUUCUCCAACAGCAGAUGUAUGUCUCUGCUAGCACAUCUCAGUGUAACCCCUAGUCCUAUUCAGAUACUUGUUGCUACUGUUUUACAUCUGUACAAAUGUAUAUCAAGGAAACUCAAUCUCAAUAGAGCUCUUUUUGAUUAAGUAUCAUAAUAAAGCAAAACCAUCAUAACACUUCAUAGAGCCAACUUAAAGUCAAAAGAUAAAGAGCCCUAAGCACUGGAAAACAUGGGUGACCAAAUUGUGACUGGGUUAAGUUUUGCAUCUGAUUUGUGCAGAGACAGGAUGGGGCAAGUUUCCUGGACCAAUUACAGACUAUAGAAAAGCAAAACCAAUGCAAUCCGUUUUUUUUAAACUCAAUUGAAAUAUGUACUAAAAAUGUUUCUACCAAAUCAAUUUUGUGACAAAUUCACUGUAAAUUGCACCAGUUUCAUUGACAAAUUUAUCUAUUGAUAAACUUAACCCUCUACACAUAAGUAUCAGUAUGCAUAUUCUCCAUACUGUUCUCUAAACAGCUCCCAUGUCACUGACAAGGAGAAUUUGGUUGACAAUCAGAGUUCACUCUGAUGACAUUCAUAACUAUAUUUCCAUGGCUUUGAUGUUUGAGUCAGCAGUGAUAUUGUUACAAGAAACAAGAUUCUUUUCACUUUUAAGGGUUAAAGGGUGAGAGAAUCUGAACAUGGGCCAUCUUGUAGCCAAGUUAAUGUGUCACAAUUUUCAUAAUAUUAUGACACAAGCCACAAUGAAUCACAAAUCACAAUAAGUCACAAGUUGCAAUAAGGGAAAAGUCAAUAGUCUCAGUUUAUAAUUUAUGAUGUAUACAUACAUGUAGUACAUGCACAUGUAUGUAUCUCUGUGGACCUGUAAUUUGUCCAUUGCUUUCAACCCGACUCUGGUCAAGAUUUGUUUUCAAGCACUCACAUGAUGAUUUGAAAUCCUCUCUUACUUCGCUUUUAACAGUUACCUCCAUGGACUCCUCACCAAAUGCACAGGGAGAUACCAAUUCUCCAUAUGUCAAGGCAGUUGGAAGGUAACUGCAUGUUUCUAACUCAAAUGAAGACGAAUUUAGUCCAUUGAGUAGUAAUUGACAAGGGGGAAUUGUUAUGGAAGAUUGUUAUACUGUAAUAACUUAGCAAAGCAAUCUUUUCAACCAUCAUUUUCAGUGAAAACUUUUCCCACAAAAAUAUCCCCGCAUGAAAUACUGGUGUCCCGAAGAAUGUCGUCCUCAAAUUAUCUACAUUGCCAAAUUUUGCCUUUGAGAAAUAUUUAUUUCAUUAGAUUUCAUGUUCAAACCCUGGCAGUCCAAGAAAGGAUGCUCAAUUUCUUUUUUCGUAGAUGCUCUGUUAUAGUCAAACUUUUGGAGGAUUUCUUUGCACUGUAAACAUUAUUUCAUGUUGCCUUUCCUUUUGAUCUUAAAUCGUUAUCUGUCUUUUUUUCACUAUGUUAGAGUGAAGCAUGAAAACUUUGUUUCAUGUUGCCUUUGCUUUUGAUCUAGAAUCGCUAUUUGCCUUUUUUUCCCAUGUUAGAGUGAAGCAUGAGAGAUCUAACCUCUUAGCCUCCAAAAUGAAUGAAGAUAAAAAGAAGGUUAACGUUGAUGUUUGAUAUUAAACCUAUGAAUUAAUUCUAGGAUAACUGAGUUGAUUCAGAAGCGACAGAGGUCUCCAUGGCUCUGGCCUGACAUUGUAUACUUUUUGACGCCAUCAGGGAGGGAACACAAUCAUUGUCUUAAGAUUCUUCAUGGUUUUACCAACAAGGUGCGAAUUCCAAUGCGUAAAAAUUUUCUCCUAAGCUGAAAGCUUUAGUUAAUUAUGUUAACGUAGUUUUGUUCUUCGAGAUGGACAUAAUCCUCUAACUGCUACUUAUCUGAUUCGUAAGGGAAACAACAAACAAAACAAAACAUAAACAACGACAACAGUGAAUGAAAAGUUGAAAACAAAGUGAAACAACAAUUGAAAGAAAACAAAGCAAUUUCACGACUAGGCUAAGAAAGUUUUCGCAACAAAAAGACAGUGAAAGUUAGUGAAGCUCUUUAAGGCGUCUUCAAUUCUACCGUUUAUAACGGUGUUGUCUCUGUGGUAACGACACAAAACCACCAGGUCAUCGAUGAGCGAAUCGCUGAUAGAGCAGCCAAAAAAAAUGAUCUUCAAACCGAAGAAAAUGACACCGAGCAGGGAGAGGAAGGUGAAUUUAAAAGGAAGAGGCGUUUAGCUUUCCUUGAUUUGUUACUGGAGGCCUACGAUAAAGGAGAGAUAUCACGAGAGGGCAUCAGAGAAGAAGUGGAUACGUUCAUGUUUGAGGUUAGUGUCGCUUUUAAAGGUUUUGGAACGAUGUUUUUGAAACUUUCUUUGAAUGUUCUCUACUUAUGUCUGUUUCGAAAACUUCAGUAACAAAGACAGAUCACUUUGCUCAAUUGCUUAAGUGUUUCCUUCGUACAUUGAUUGGGUACAGGUUCGCAAGGAGUUAUGAUUCAUUCACAACUUCUCUCAAGUAUUCUGUGAACGUCUAGUUUCGGCAAGGAUGAUCGACCUACGCGCCUUUUUACGUCCAGUGAGCUUGCCGGCAAGAAAAGACGCCAUGUCCGGCAAUGUUACCAAUCACGCCUAAUUAUGUGAUGUUUUGCGCAGUCCAAAAUGCACAGUGCAAUAUUAAGGAACCAUCAAGUAACACUGUACCCAUUAGCCUAGGUGUAACCGUACCAUCCCCCGAUGGUGCCUCGCCUCCGUUUCACCGUGGUGGGGGGAGUAUACGGCUACACGUAGGCUAUGUACCCAUCUGCUGCCCCUUGCAGUUUGUCAGUUUGUCUUUUCAUUUUUCCUUUACCCAUUUAUACUCUUAGCGAAUGAGGGUUAAUGUCAGUGAUGGUGUAGUUUAAGGUCAUUAUCCAUCCCUUGUCCUGUCUCCAACUGCGAUCGUUCUGAGACUUGAAUAAAGGGCGCUUUUGCUUUUUCAAGUUGAAUAACGCGGUUGUAUAUCAGUCAGCUGGUGGUAAUUCAAAUAUCAAGUUCCUAAUCUGAGUCUUAUCAGGCUUAUUUAGUGACAAGAGCUAUUUUUUGUGGCAAACUCUAAGUCAGGGAAUUUCAUAACAAUUCGGGCGAUUCUGGGAAGCAGGUUAGAGUGAUACUCUGGUAACCCAAUCCUGGAGCUACAUGGGAUUAUCUUUGUUAUUUUCAGGGCCACGAUACCACAGCCGCCGGACUAACUUGGGCUCUCUAUCUGCUCGCCCGCCAUCCUCAUGUACAGCAGCAAGUGCACGAAGAAGUAGAUAAAUUUUUCGGUGAGUGUCUCGUCUACGAUGUUCAAGGGCACUUUGCACGUAGUCCUUUCAGCCGAUUCGUUUUCGUUUUGUUUACAUUAGAACAACAAAGUGCAAAUUAACUUAUGAUAUCCAUGCAAUGGAGAAAAUUUUGUUCAUGCUCCAUCUUGAUUUUUCUUUCAAAUGCACCGUGACCAUACGCGACUUUGUCAAUACUGGCGUCCGAAUGAACGCUGGGAUUAGCAAACCCAUUACCAGUCCUUCAUGGGGCAAUAUGUUCGCGCGGCUACGAUCUUUGUUAAUGUAGAGUCUCGAAGAGCUUCGCAAAAGUGUUUGUAAACCUUUGCUCGUUCCGUAUUAUUGUGUCUCGAUUGAUUUUUCUUUUAAAUUGUGUGUCAUUACCAGAUUAUGUUCCUGUCUUGUUUUGUUUACUUAUUCAUGAGUGAUUCAAACUUCACGAUUAGAUAAUGACCACUAUAAUAUUUAAACAUUUUAGAGCAGCGGCCAGAAACCCUCACGAUAGAGGAUCUGAAGGAUUUGCGUUACUUGGAAUGUGUUGUUAAGGUAUGGUAACCACAACGUUACAUUUCUGUGGCUCGGAUUUUAACACCAUACGUAUAGGGGUAGGGACGGGGGACGUAUCUUAGUGAAGUGGUGAAGUGGUUAUUUGAGGUUCGGCUCAGUUUGGUUUAAACAAGUUUUCAAGGCUAGAGAGGCCUAUUUUUUUUACAUGAAUGUGAUAGAAUAGCAACUACACCCGCCAUCUAUGAGGAGUUUUCAUUUUAUACUUUAACUAUAUAAGUAGAUAGCGUUCGCUGCCUAACUGCUACAUGUUGAUCUACUCUUCUCAAUAUGGUGAUUUACAAACUGAGUGCAUUUAAAUACUGCACUCUUUGGUUUAGGAGGCCCAGCGCAUGUUCCCAUCUGUGCCCUUCAUUGCAAGGACGACGACUGAAGACUGUCACCUGGGUAUGUAUUUACGUUCAUGGGAGGGUUGGUUAUGAGUUAACAGCGCAGUCCUGAGAUAAUAAGCUGUCAACGUCUAUUUGUUCGUUUUCUUGUUCGUUUCACUUUGUUGUUGUUUUUGUGCCCUGUCUUGCUUUCGUUUGAUUUUGGUAUGUGUUUGUUUGUUUGUUUUUUUUGUUCGUUUGUUUUAUUCGUGUAGGUUGUUUUUCCUUCAGCGUUUCGAUAUUUAGAUAUUUGUGUUGUUAUUGUUUAUUUGUUUGUUUGUUGAUGGUCGGUUGUUAUAUUUGGAGAAUAACGUGGGUAAGUUUCAAAAGAAACUGUGGUGCUGCAUCGGUAGGGGAGUGUAACAAGAUAAUUUGGCUUUAUUUUUUUUUACGUUAUUGUUGGGAACACCGAUGAAUCCAUUAUCAUAGAUGUGUUCUUAAUGAUGACGUGACAAAGGUGUUUGUGCUAUCCUUAUUUUGUAAAGUUCUAGGGAAGGGUUUAAUCUGUUUGAAAAACGUCAAGUAAAACACGCCCACUUGCCUUGCAGAUGGUUACUUGGCUCCAAAAGGUACUGCUCUUGGAGUUUGUACAAUCGGACUCCACAGAAACCCAAAGGUGUGGGAAGCGCCGCUCGAGUUUAACCCGGAUCGUUUUCUUCCUGAGAACAGCCAAGGACGCCAUCCAUAUUCAUUUGUUCCUUUCUCUGCUGGGCCACGGAACUGCAUCGGUAGGUUUUGCUAGGUUUUAUGCAUGCGAAGUUUUAAGCUGGGCCUAAAUUUAGAUAGCAACGCAGGCAGAAACGAAAGAGGGAAAGCCUCUGUUACACCAUGGAAGCUGAAAAAAGCGCGACCAAUCACAAUGACACAAUUCUGUCGCAGAGACAAAAAUGUUCUCUGAUUCCUUGCAGCGAGUUGACUCCGCAAUUUGUCUCCUUGACUUUUUGUUCUUGUUUUUAUUGUUGAAGGGGCGUGUUGUAGCACAGGUAUUCCCAGCUCAUGUUUUGAGAAGAGGGAAAAAUGAUCAUCUACUUAUUCCUUAAAGCGUUACGGUGUUUUAUGAUUCUAAAGUGACUUUUUAGAUUACUCUUUUCUUGGUAUUGAAACCGUUGGUAUUGAGAAUCUGAACAUGUGAGACCCGUUUCUGAUACUUGAAUUUAUACAGCAGAAGCUCAAAGAAAAAAGAAAUAUAGUUUGUUCAGUCUUUUUUUAUUUUGUUUUGUUUUUCUUUUUUUUCACUGCCUUAUCUUACUUUGUCCGUUAACCUGUCUUUUGUCCUUCCCCUAUAGGUCAGCGGUUCGCUCUUCACGAGGAGAAACUUGUCUUGGCUCACGUGUUGCGUAAUUUUACCCUCGACUCCACUCAGACCUUUGAUGAACUCCAGACAUGCGGAGAAAUUAUAACCAGACCAAAGAAUGGAAUAUUCGUCUCUUUAGCCAAACGAUGAUAAGAUAUAGAGGAUGUUACAUGGCCGCGCGGAGAUACGAAAGUUCUCUUCGAUUGUUGAAAAAUAUUUCACGAGAAAGCGAAACCAAAUGUUUUGUUAACACGAGAAGAGAAAUUUAGUAUCUCCAAGCGGCCAUGUAAUAUUCUAUUUAUCAUUUAAACACAAAUGAAAUACUAAAUCAUUUUACUUUAAUAUUUUCAAGGAGCGAUUUUACAUACUUUAAUUUCUCCUAACGCUCUCAGUUUAGCCUGCGUUGCUGGCGGUCUGCGGUUUUGGGGACGUAGAGAAAAAUGUUUUUCAUUUUUCUCUCCGCCUCGAAAACCGCAGACCGCCAGCAACGCAGGCUGCUCUCAGUCUCGAUUUAUUUCCCCCACCCAAUGUAUGCAGUGCUUUCUUUCAUAUAUAUAGAGAAAGCAAAAAAAUGAAGUUUAAUAUAAUUUUAAUGAAGACAAAUUUGAUAGUUUCGGCUUCCCUCGAAGAUGAUGAAAUUUUUUAAAGCGAAAAGGCAUUGAAGGCGUUAACCCAUUGAAUCUUAAAAGUGACUCGCAUCUAAUUAUGUAACGCCACUGAAUCACACAGUCAAGUAACGGGAAUAAAGGAAAUGAUCACCAACUAAAGCAGUUCUUGAUUGUCAUACUUAGUCUCGUUGUCCACAUCUUAGGAAAUACAUUGAAAACAGUAUGGAGAAUAUGCAUACUGAUUUUUGGGUGUAGAGGAUUUACAGCACUGACAUUUUAACAAGUUAUUACGGCGCGGUCGCUUGUCCUCUAAACAUUAGUAUAAUGUCUUUCAAGAUUAAAAGAAAUAGGUUUUAGGAAUGUACAUGGAUCUUAGGUGGGAUUGGGGAAGGUUGGUUUGUGGGAAGGGGGACAUGCUGGCAGGAAACAUUUACAUCUACAAUUGCUGGAUGGCUGACGAGCAGAUUCUAAACAGCUUCAGCAAUUGUGUCAGCCAUUUGCCUAGACAGUGUUUUUAAUACCUUAACCUUCACUUUUCGUUAAGAAUAGUAAAGAAGGGUAGAUGCAAAUCUAAAUGAGAAAUAAGACAACUCUUAUAAUAAGCUAU